AUGAUCAAAUAGCAUAGAAAAAUAGAACAUUCUUUUCUCUAUCAGACUAUAUAAAAAGAAAGUUUCUUUAACCUUUCUAUAAGGGAUAAAAAUACCACUGCCACUACUUUUGGUAUGCCCUAAGUAUUUAAAAUUUGUAUUAUCUUGUCUAAAUGUUCGUAAUAUAUUUGUUUUACAGAUCAUAAACCCGAAGAUCCAAUUGAACGCGAACGAAUAGAAAAAGCUGGUUAUAAAGUUACACUUGAUGGACGAGUAUCCGGUGGUUUAAAUUUAUCUCGUGCUAUCGGUGAUCAUGGUUAUAAACGUACACCAAAUUUACCAGCUGCAGAACAAGCAAUAACAGCCUAUCCAGAAAUUAAAACAUUAACAAUUGAAGAAAAAGAUGAAUUUAUGAUUAUUGCAUGUGAUGGAAUAUGGAAUUUUAUGUCUAGUCAAGAUGUUGUUGAUUUUGUUCGUAAUCGUUUAUCAAAAUCAAGUUUAACUCAAAUUUGUGACGAUUUAUUUAUGUAUUGUCUUGCUCCAAAUACAAGUGGUGAUGGAACCGGUUGUGACAAUAUGACGUGUAUAAUUGUUACAUUUAAACCUCAUCAUAUCCGAGCAGUUGAUACAUCUUCAUUCUCAUCGUCCGCUCAUGAGUUAUCUCCAACAUUAACAGAUCCACAAGAAAAAUCUCCUUGGCAGUCAAUGUUUAAUCAUCCAACAACAUCAGAAAUUAAUUCAACAACAAAACGUUCAUUAUCACCGGAUUUUGUAACAUCUACUGAAAAUGGUACUAAAAAACAAAAAUUAUUUGAAAAAAUGACGACCAGUACUAAUGGUACGUUAAACAGUAAUAAUGAAGCUGAUAGAACAGCAACAUCCACUUCUCCUAAACAAACUUCAUUUUCGUUUACAUUAGACAAUGGAGGAAAAUAG